GCUGGACGUGCUCCUGGCCAGGACGCGCAGCGGGGAGGGGGCUGAGCCGAGCGUGGAGUACAGUUUUGGGUCCCUGCUCGGAGAAAACGUCACCCAGCUGAUCCCCGAGCCGGGCAGCCUGCUGCACUCGCGGGUGCUGCAGUACCGGGAGCUGCUGGACUCGCUCCCCAUGGACGCCUACACGCACGGCUGCAUCCUGCACCCCGAGCUCACCACCGACUCCAUGAUCCCAAAGUACGCGACUGCUGAGAUCCGCAGACAUUUAGCUAAUGCCAGCACGGAGCUGAUGAAGCUGGACCACGAAGAGGAGCCACAGCUAUCAGAGCCCUACCUCUCCAAGCAGAAGAAGCUCAUGGCCAAGAUCCUGGAGCAUGACAAUGUGAACUACUUGAAGAAGAUUCUUGGUGAACUGGGGAUGGUGCUAGACCAGAUCGAGGCUGAGCUGGAGAAGAGGAAACUGGAGUACCAAG